UCAGAGCUUUUUCGGUGUGCCCUCCUUCCGCUUUUAUUCGAAAUUCGACAUCAGCUAAUUCAGAAUCACCAUUUUAGUAAAAAUGGCGAAUAUGCAGUGGACAAUUGUUGGAAUCUCACUUGCAUGUAUAAAUUUCGCAGUACAAACAAAUGGCGACUCCGCGACCACGGAUGCCGACGUCACACGAGUAACAAUUAAGAGCGGCGAUAAAUACAUCGCAGAGUGCAUGCAUCCACCAUCACAAGGCAGUCGUCGGCGCCGAUCCAGUGAGACGACCCCGAGUAAACCACGGAUGACAUAUGGCAUCGACUUUCUAGAAGCGAAAUUCAUCGGCACCGGCAAUGCCACCUGCCGGGAGUCAUCCAUUAAGAACUUUUUGCGCACCAAAUUCUGUACUGGAUCGCGACAGCAGGGCUGUCCGAUCACUGCCCCUGAUCCCUUGAAGGAGUGUGGAAACCGGCCGCUGUCGCUGGUCUACAAGUGCGGUAUGAUAGAAUGGAUCAAAGGAAACAACCACCGAGGCACACUUGUCGGAAUGGACGUUAUACUUGACUAGCGCAGAAAGAUGCUUUAUUGUGAAUACGAAAAAUAGAAGUGUGGUGUGGCGCGAGAACUAAACUUCCGUACGAGUAUGAGAUUACAUGAGCGAGAGUGAGACACCGUAAUAAUGUAGAUGAUUAACGGUUUCAGUUAACUUGUGCCCAAAAGCUUGAAGUUCUGCCCUGUCAAAAACUAAUAGCAACAAAAACGUA